CCAGCAACACCUUGUCAAGGCUCGUUAAUUUCUUCGAACUCCGGCGUUCACCGGCAAAGAUUCUUUCCGACCGGUUUCCUCUCUGUGAAAGGAAAGUAUCGCCUGUAAUUACAGUCCACCCGUUGAAUACCUAAACUACCCUUCAUAUUUGUGCCGCCAACGAAACUUUUUACGGGGCCACAACCGCCAUUCCAUUAUCUGCCCCUGUGCUAAUGCAUCGCGACGGGCAUACGAGAGCCCCUGGAACUUGCUCCCCUCUUUUAAGUACUCCAUUUCGUUCGUCGUCGUCGUCUUCUUCUUCUUCUCCUCCUUCUCUUUUGCCUGCAAGCAAGCCCUUUGUACUACUCUUCGUACAACUCGUUCGGUUCUUGUUGAGCAGCGAUUCGAUGAUGGAUUUUUAUGUGGAAUUGUUUUGAAUUCCCGGAGAAGCCCUAGUUUUGACAAUUCAUUUCGGUUUACAUUGGUUUCGGAUCUGUGAGGAGGGUUUCAAUGGCUGAUCAGGAAGAGGAGGACCUGCGAAUGGCCAUGAGGAUGAGUAUGCAGUACUCUCCGCCUGAGCCGAAGCGGAGCAAACCCAGGGACGCCCCAGUGGGAGCUCCGGAUGGCUUGUCGAAGGAGUCACCGGAGGCAAAGAGCCGGCGGAUGAAGCGGGAGCUCAUGGCCACAGCCGCAGAGAAGCGAAUGCUUGCAUCCAGGAUCGCCACCCCCUCGGUGGGCUUGGGUUCGGCAUCGAAGAUUGAGAAGAAAGAGAAUGAAUUGGGUGCGGAGGGUGUCUGUUCGGGGAGGGAGCUAUCAGAGAACGAGGCAAAGCAGUUAUUUUCAAUGGUGUUUGGGAGUGAGGCUUCGAAGGACAUUCUUGCACAAUGGACUAAUCAAGGAAUAAGGUUUAGUCCUGAUCCCGAAACAUCUAUGGGACUAGUGCAGCAUGAAGGUGGGCCCUGUGGCGUCUUAGCAGCUAUACAAGCAUAUGUUCUCAAAUACAUCCUUUUCUUCCCAAAUGAAUUAGGUAAUGUUCCACCAGGCAUGACACAGAACUUUGGUUCAAGGAGAUUGUCUGAAAGCCAAUGUGUUGCAUCAAAUAAUUUUCCUUCUCUUUCUGAAGAUGCAAAAGCAAGGGCCCUGGUUAGAAGUAUGGGCGAGAUAUUGUUUUUGUGCGGAGAUAAUAAAAGUAUUUCUGUAGCAAGUUUGACUGUCAUAACCCACAACGUUCAGAGGUCUGAAGACGGCUUAAAGGAAGAGAUCAUUGCUAAAGCACUUGAAGGUCUGUCAAUUGAAUCGGCUUCUGACUUGAAGAAAAUUUUAAGAGUUGACGCAUGCACAUCGCAAGCAAGUGCAUUUCUGAGGCUCCAGAAAAUGAUCCCGCUUUUCAAAAGUCGUAUGGGAGCGAUGCUAUUUCUUAUUUCCGCUUUACUUUCUCGAGGACUGGACUUUGUUCAAGCUGACAGGGAUGAUCCCAGCCUACCUUUAGUAACUGCUCCAUUUGGGCACGCCUCUCAGGAAAUUGUAAACCUACUGCUCUGCGGGCAGGCUGUUCCUAAUGUGUUUGAUGGGAAGAUGGACUUGGGUGGUGACAUGUUCCUAAAGGGCAUAUCCAGAAAUGUGGAGGUUGGAUUCCUCACUCUGCUUGAAUCCCUCAAUUUCUGUAAGGUUGGUCAGUAUUUGAAAUGCCCAAAAUGGCCGAUAUGGGUUGUUGGGAGUGAGUCCCAUUAUACAGUCCUAUUUGCUCUUGAUACCACUGUUCAAGAUGAGAAUGAACUGGAAGAAAGGGAAUCACAGAUUCGGAAAGCUUUCGAUGCUCAAGAUCAGAGUGGAGGUGGUGGCUUUAUUAGUGUGGAAGGCUUCCAUCAAGUUCUCAGGGACACCAAUAUCAAACUACCCCCUGAGAAGGUUGAUCACCUUUGCAACACAGGUUUUAUUGUAUGGAGUGAAUUCUGGCAGGUUAUUCUAGAUUUGGACCAGAGCUUGGGUGGUCUGAAGGAUUCAUCUGGAUUGAUGGGUAAGAAGGUGUUUGAUCUUUACCAUUUUAAUGGGAUUGCAAAAUCAGAUUUGAAUGGAAGCCACUUAACGUCUGGAGGCGAGACUCCCGUGCAAAGACCAAGGCUUACAAAAUUGAGGGUUUCGGUACCCCCAAGGUGGACACCUGAGGAAUUCAUGGCCGACGUACCUGUGUCCUCUGCUUCAGGUGGAAAUGAAUCCAGUGGGAAAGAUGCUGAAGUGGCUAAACCAGAGCCUUCUCAGCAUGCACCUUUGGCAGACUGCAUUAGAACGCGCUGGCCCCGAGCCGUUUGCAAUUGGGUGGGGGAUCCCCCUAGUAUCGUCUAAUGGUUUAUCAAUUCUGUCCUGCGUCCUUAGUUGUGGGAAUCAUAGACAGCAGCAUGAAUAGAAAAGCAUGCACAGAUUAAGUGAGGAGAAAUUUUCUUGUUUCGACUGGUUUUUGUCAGUCUCAAGUAUGCCCAUAGCUGUCUCACUCUCAAUUAGAUCAUGAUAUGUCAACACUACCAAGUGGAAGGAAUGGUGAUAUUUAUUGUCACUAAGAGAGGUAAAUUCCAUUCAUGUCUACCUUCAUUGUUGAUUAGAGCAACUUUUUUUUUCCCUUGUUAAAAUGAUUUGUAAUACUUUGGCCUUUGCUUUUUGAGGCUUUCUAUGCCCAUAAAUUUUCCCCCACUGCUGUUUGGGUGGAGAAGUUUCCUGAGCUACUAUUAUGCAAACGGUAUACACCUUUCUUUUCUACUGUUUGUUUAUGCAUCA